AUGGAGCCGGCCAGCGGGAGUGUGAAGAAGUUGGACAAGACGGCCCUGGAGGGGCUCGAUGCCCGCACCGAGAGCACGAAAGUGCCGGAAGAUGUUGUGAUGGAGGAGCCAGACCCUCCGUCCGACAACGAGACCAUGAGCACCGCAAAGCGGUCCAACAGCAAGCCGGAACAUGGAAGAGGCCCUCUGCGUGAGGCGAAACAGGCCAAGAAAGCUUUGAUCCACAAGGGGAUCAUCUCGAAGGAAGAGGCAGACAAGAUGCCCCACGAGGAGAUCUUGAAGAUGGUGAAGAAGUACCGCAAGGGCAGCGGCAACCUCACGGAGGCUCUCCUGGAGCAGCUCGCGGAGAACCAGAAGGAGGACCUGUUCAAGAAGCUCUUUGGAGAGUUUCAAGAGAGCCCGGGCAUGAAGAUGCCGGAGAUCUCGGACGAGCAGGUGAUGGAGGCCGACAAGGUCCUCACUUCCUGCUACAAGAACGAGAAGUGCCCCUUUUGCGACAAGUACGUGGACGAGUACCACGUGCAGAAUAAGGACCACAAGAUUUACAUGAAGGAGCACCUCAAGUCGUCGUACCUCCUCACGGACCCAAGUGCGAUGACCCCGGCUGCAGUCCGGGAGUCCUUCACGAAAGUUCGGCGAUUCGGCGGCGGAUUGCACCGUUUGUCGCUGGCAAACAGUGUGGAGUACUGGGGCGAUGUGGAGAAGCUUCCGUCCCUGGUACGGAGCAUCCAUGCCACCAAGGCCAUGAAGGUGAAGUACGGCAAGAGCACGAAUGCGAAAACGUUUGAUUUCACAAAGGAGCAGGUGGCCAAGUACCAUCUUGCCUGGGUGAGUUAUGCUCCUAAGUCCGGCAAGUACACGAAUGCCUCGUACUCCAAGGACCACCUGCCUGAGGAUCCCGAGUUCGAGAACAUGGCGAACAUCGCGGGCACCCAGACCAUCCUCAUCAUUUGCUGGUACCAGAUCAUGGAGGACGGCUUCUGGGUCUGGGUGAUGACCAUCGAGGAGGAAAUUCUUCGAUGCCUGUGGGACAUCAUCUGCAAGCAGCAAGCCUCCGCCAAGGUACUCAGCAGAGUUAUGAUUCCAGCAGUCCAAGCUUGCAUGUUGAACAAUGUCGUUACCAACAACAGCGGCCAGGACGAGAACAAGUUCACUGCCUCUGUUGAUAUCGCGAUCAGAAUAUUGCUCAGCUGGUUUCGCCGGCUGAAAGUUAACAAGAAGAAACGGGAAGCCGCUUUCAGGCGGCUUUCUGAGGCAGAGAAAGCCAAAGUCACAAUGGUCAUGGAGAAGAUCGAGCUGAAUGACGAGGAGGCUGAAGAGGCUGCCAAGGACGAAGCUGGCUCUGACUCCGAUGUGGACCUGACCUUUAUGGUUUCUCUUGAUUCCCUGUGUACGACAAACACAGCAGUGGAUCAUGACUCGAAGACCUCUGUCGAGAUCUUCGCGAGCGAGGAGAGUUCUGGAUUGCACCGAAUGUUCGACAAUGUCCUCAAGUCUCCUUCCACUCCUCCUCUUUCCGGUGGUGCUCCUUCCGGUUCUGCUCCUUGCGGUUCGGAUCCUUGCGGUUCGGCUCCUUCCGGUGCUGCUUCUUCCGGUGCUGCUGCGGCAGAGCAGCCGGUGACUCUGAGCAACUUGGAUCUGAUUGCUUUGGCCAGAAGUCGCAGGCCUGCAUUCACGGAGACCAAGACAGCUUCAGGAUCGAAGCCGAAGGCCAGCAAGGCCAAGGCCAAGGCCAAGGCCAAGGCCAAGGGUAAAGCCCAGGCGACGGCCGUGGUUAAAAAGAAACUCAAGUCGAAGGCGGUUCAGAAGAAACCGGCGGCUGCGGUUGCAAAGGCCGUGCCUUCCGAACCGGCGGCGGCGGUGGCAAAGGCCGUGCCCGGUCAGGCCGAGCAAAUCUUUACUGCUCCGGAUGGUGCUGAGUAUAUGUUCAUGAUGUACGACAGAGGGGUUCCGACUGAGAGGAUUGCCAUCUGUGAGUGGCUCGGCACGAAGAGGGGCUGUCAGCUUCUGCAGGUGUCCAGAGUGGGCCUGGCUUCAGAAGCGAGGGCAGCGAUUGCUCGGGAGCUCAUGGACAUGCUGGUUGCUGGCAAAUCCCUGCAAGAUGUGAUAGCCCGGAAGUUGGAGCUACUUUCGGCUCAGACUGCAGCCACAGGUGCCCCAGUCGUGAAUCCUUACUCCAAGGCGGCUGAGAACGUAGCGAUUGGUAUGCACCCGAAACACCGCGUGGGCGAGGAUCUAGGCUUGGUCAUUGGAGGCUGGACGGAUGCCCGCAGCCACGAGGCUGAAGAGGAGGUCCGGAACAUGUUCCGAGCAGCCAAAUCUGAAACCUUGCUAGAGGCCCUCUCGGGGCCUUCGGGCCGCACCAAUUUCCUUCGUGUUACCCUGGCCUUUCCGGAGAACGCCAGCCUUCCACGUAAGCGCCAAAUUCAGAAAGACAUCCUUGACACACUCAAGGCUAUGAAGUGCCGAAGUGGGAUUGAGGGCCAAAACGAGGUAGAGCUUUGGAUCCAGCGAGAUAGGGCGCCCACCCUUCCCAGCACCCGAGAUGGUGUGGCUUACGAGACCGUGACAGGACGUGCUAAGGAAACUCUGCAGCAGGCCUGGCUCGACUACGGCCCAGCUUCCACACCGAUGGGAGCAGGUAGGCGGUACCAUGACUUAAUCUGUCUGUGCGCCGACCUCAACUACGAUAUUUUGGACAUUGCUAGAGUGGACGAGAGGGGAAUCCCCUUUGGCCGGCUCCUUAGAGAACUAGGCCUCUCCCACAGCAAGCCCGCAGCAGCCACUUGGCGUAACACCAGAGGGGCGCAAUCGCGUCUCGACUUUUUUCUGUUCUCUCUGCCUUCCAUGUCUGUUCGUGACGACAGAGUUCUCGAAGGUAGUGAGGAGAUUAUUGGGUCUGACCACAGUGCGGUCACCCUCACGCUUGAGACCAUCGGGCGAUCGGGACGCCGUCGGUUCGCAAACUCUCCGUGUGGGAAAUGGUGGACGGACGUUCCCCAAUUCACCUCCAAGUGCGAACAGCUAGCUGAGGAACUUGACCUGAGCAUGCAGGACCUGACUAUGGCGCGCUUGGAGGCCAUUUGCCAACAAAGCUCCAAACGUGUCACUAGUUGCCGCUACCAAGACUCCCCUGAGCUCAAACAGCUCGCUAGAGAGAGGAAGCUCCUUCGAGGCCAGCAAGCCAGACAACUGGCCAAACGUAUAGCCGAUGAACGAAAAGCAGCUAAAAGAGCAUGGCUGAGCAACCUACUUGAGCAAGGAGCUGGAGGCGAUUUUAGAGCUCUUAGCUACUUCAAGAAACGCAACUCCUCAGCAUACACCCAAGGCUCUUACUGUAUGCGAGCCGGCGGGUCGGUUCGGGCAGUCUCCGACCUCAGAGCAUUUUACCGACUGAAGUACACGCAGCAUGAUCAGGUUCCGCGUGGCUUGGCAAUGGCAAUUUUCAGAGGACGCACAGGACCCAUAGGAGCCCCUGUCCCCUUCACCCUGGAGGAAAUCCAGGAAGUCGCCUUUCAGUGCAAGCACAACAAAAGCACGGGGACAGAUGGGAUCAGCUACGAGGCCAUUCAGCUACUGCUGCAGACCAGUCUGUCCACGCAGCUCUUGGAACUUUUCAAUGACGUGUUCACCAAGGCUUUGAUGAUUCGCCUUCGGCCCAAACUGCCGAAGAUCCAAGCCUGUCAGGUCGGGGGACUCCCCGGGAGACAAACACUCGAUUCCGCGUGUGCUGUCCAGCACGCAAUACGCCUAGCACAACAAUACGACAAAACAUUGUACGUGGUCAAACUUGAUAUCACAGCCGCGUUCGAUUCUGUUUCCCAUGAAGCAUUGGCGGCACUGCUCGCCACCACCUCAGGUUCGAGGGAAGCCGAGAUUCUUUUGGAGCUGAUCACGAAUACAAGGGUUGAGCUGAGCCUCCAAGGCUCCAAAUGGGAGCAAUGCCUAACCAAAGGCAUCCUGCAAGGGAGUAGUUAUAGUGCGGAACUCUUCGCCAGGUGCAUCGAUUUCUUUCUGACACCCACACAGGAGAGAUGGCAGGACACUGAGAGCUCCUGGCUCGCGGACGAGGCUGGGCUCAAGCUUUUCCUGACACCAUUCGCUGACGAUUUGGUUCUGCUUGGAACUUCUAGGGAGCAAACCCAGAAGCUCCUGCGGGACUGCGAAGAGACCCUGCAAGCCAUUGGCCUGCACUUCAAUGCCAAGAAGUGCAAGUUCCUGCACUCCCCGGGGGCCUCGGAAAGUCCAUUCCGCCUUCAGAGUGGCCUCGGAGUCGAAGCUGUCGACACUAUGGUUUUCUUGGGAGUGCUACUGGGGUUCCAGCUCUCUUGUGUUUCCGUCCUAGCUGCUCGCAUGGCGAAAGUCAGCAACGCCUUUUGGGGGUAUUUCAGGAUCCUCCGACAGGCAGGGGUAGGCCUGACUCAGAGAUUACGAGUUUUCGAUUGCUUUAUCACAGCAAGGUGGAGGUGGAUGUCCCCCACUGCUCGUCCUUUGCAGACUGUCAGAACAUUCUUGAAACGAGCGCACACCACGUUCCUUACGGCAAUCCUAGGCUUUACACGUGAUCCCUUUCAAGGCUCGGUCGAUGCAUGGCUGUCGCGUCGGCGCGCUAGUCGUGCUGCCGCUCAGUGUGUACAACAUAAAAAGUGGGAGGCCAUUCAGGCCCAGUCCUUUUGGACCUAUUGGGGCCAUGCUGCGCGGUACGACGAGGGCGAUCGAAUCCCACUACGACUCAUGAUCCAGGUACGAGGACCUGCAUGGCUGCUACGCAACCACACCAGGAUCCGCAGAGCUAAGCCCGGGAGAGCACCCGAUUCCAGCAGGUUCAUCCAGUUGGAUCGGUGGAGAGACUUUGUCAAGUACUGGCUCGAAGCUAACAGUUGCAGUCUUACGAAGUACUAUGAACUGCCGCUACAACACUUGGAUCUGCGAGGUCGCAUGCUCUUGCAGAAUGGUGAUGUCUUUUCGCUGCUGCCAGUCAGGCAUGUCCCAGUUGAAACGGCUCAUCCGUCUUCCUUUCUCUGCGUCGAUUUGGAACCCGAGGCUCGGAUAACGGACCCCGGUCAGUCCGAACAUCUGCUUAGGGUUUUUUCGGACGGAAGCGCUCCACAAGGUCGACACGCCGCAGGACCCGGGGGAGGAGCAGUUGUCAUUCUCCCUCCCUAUGGGAACAUUCAGGAUGCGAUCGUCAGCUACUUCCGAAUCCCAGGACCUUGUAGUAACAUCGAGGCCGAGGUUCGAGCUGCGGCUCAUGCCCUCAGAAUGAUCCAGGAGAUCCGGCGUCGCUUUCCGCAACUUCCAGUGCAGUUCUGUACGGACUCGCAAUACGUGCUCCAGGUCAUGAACGGAGAUUUUAUCGGGACGCAUUAUGCCUCAGCAACGAAUGAUUUGCUUUGUAGGUGGAGUCAGCUCUCCUGCUAUGUGCAGGCCUGCCACGUCCGUGCUCAUAAGGGCUUUUUGCUCAACGAAGUGGCAGACCACUACGCUAAGAAGGCACGCACGCUCACGCACUCGUGCACCGUAUACCACACGCACAGCAUGUCUCGCGCAGCAGUCGUCCCACACACAACUGGCAUCUUCGUGCCUUGGCUCGCCUAG